AUGUCGUUCGGCAUUGGCAUCGGAGAUUGCGUCCUGAUUCUGCGAGGGCUUGUGAAGUGUUGGAGCCUCCUCCGCGGCGAGGCCGUCAACGGCGUUGCGGAGCACGCAGAAGCCUACAAGUCCUUUUGCAACGGAGCUCGUUCCUUGCGCAGAUAUCUGAAAGCCGAGGGGAGAGAACUGGAGCCACAUCUUGACGAGGAAAUAACGUCUCUGAAUCGCCUGCUGAAGGACUUCCUCGCACGCAUCAAAAAACUCCAAUCGUCCUUAGGCGAAGAAUGUGAAAAGAAAGGGUUUGGGAGGAUCGUUCAAAAGAUGCGAUGGCCCCUUUACGACAAGAUCCUGAGCGGGCUUUGUCAAAAGCUCAGCUUCAAGUUCGACAUGAUCAAAUUCAUUGUAGACCUGGAUAACAGAUCGUCCGUUCGUUUGAUGAACCUCUGCCCUCCGGCCGGAUUAUCCAGGCCCCCAGAUCUCGGGCCCAAAUUCGUCCUCGUGGAUGCUCGGUCCGAGUAUCAUGGCCUGUCAAUGGCAGGCGUGAAAUCCUGGGAUGAUUUGGCGACUUUUAUUGAUAGGGUGUUCUGUGUCGACAGCCAAUCGUGCCUGGCCGUGAAGAACAGAAGCUACAUUUUACGAAACAACACAACAGAAGAGAUGGUCCUUCUCAACAGCCCCUGUAUUCCUCCCUGGGAAGACUCGGUUAAAGAUGGACAUGAACUGGAAAUGAGCAUGCUUUUUCCGGACCACACGGACUACAACAGCUUCUGUCCCAAGUGCAAAAAGCCUUGGUCAAGUCCACUCAGCGUGGAAAUGUUCUGCACCAAGUGUGGCCUCUCCGCACGAUUUCUCGAUUUCUUCGACAAUGAGCCAGACCCAGUCACUUCUUUGGCACUUAAGGACAUCCGGAGAACAGGCUUGCGAGUAUUCUUCGAAGAAACUAUGCUAGGCAUUGGUGCGAGAGGACCCCCAAAGAUGAAGAAUCAGGAGAUGCCCUAUGAACAGACCAUAAACGCCUUGAUCAAGUGUAGGGACGAGCUUGGUUCUCGCCCAGUGGCACCUUCCCGCAACAACAGAUCAGGAAUCAAGGACUUUCGAAGAAUCACUUUUUGCAGCGACCAGUGGCCCGAUCUCGCCAAAGCAACUGAGGUCGCCCGUUCGAGCGUCAAAAGGCUCCGCGCAGCCAUUCAGGGCUUGAAACGUUAUUCAGAAGCCAGAUCAGCGUGCUUUCCCAUGGAUGUUUUUGCAUCCCUUCUCAACUCUAGAAUUUUGGAUGCCCGCAGAGAUCUCGAGAUGAAAGCAUUCUUCAAGUCGAUUGUAGACGCGUUUUCUGCCCGUCAGACUCUGUGGAUGCCCCCAGCGGCAUUCUUCUCGUCUCUGGAGGAAUACAUUUGGUGUGCUCGUGACGCAAAUGCGCGGGAUGUUGCUUCCGUUAUACGACUUCGAUGUCUGUUGUGGACUUACGAGGAGACUCUGGCCCUCGAUGCCGACUUGAAGCGCGGUUUCUUUGACCACUUCAGCCAUUGGGCUGCAUCCAAAGGAGCCGUAGACGACAGCGGCCUUCUUAUCAAUACGUUGUUUGGGAUUGCUUUUAGCCCCCAUGCUUUAGUCACUAGGCUUACCGUCGAUGUCGUCGCGGAUAUUGUCGGCCUCUUCAGGGAAGGAGAUCCAGUGCAUAUUCUUGCAUGUCUGCCACUCUUGAUCAAAGACUCGGCAGAGCUAGUGGUCAUGCAUAUCCUCGAUGGCAAUCUUGCUGCCUACUUUCGCAAAGCCCGCACCUCUCGAGACAGCACCGUCCGCCAGCUGAACCAGGCUAGUAAAGAAUGGUUGGAAUCUACGAUCGAAUCUCGCGGGGAAACACUUGUCCAUGAUUCGACGUUUACGAUGGUUUAUAACACGUGGUCCAGUUUUGGAUGA